AUGAAAUUUGAAUUAUUACCAAAUGAAAUUUUCAUUGAAACCUUUGAAUUUUUUCGUAUAUUUGAUAUAUUUUAUUCAUUUAAUCAGUUAAAUGAUCAUUUUAAUAAACUUAUUGGGACCAUUCCAUCACAUUUUAAUUUUAAGUAUAUUCAAAAAACAAGAUUUGAUCGAUUUUGUAAAUUGUUAUUAUCAAAUCUUGAUGUAAAAAAUCAAGUUUAUUCAUUAGUAUUAUCAAAUAAAGAUACACCUGGUCAAAUCAAAACAUUUUUAUCAUUAUUUUCAUUGAAUGAGUUUAUUCAUCUUGAUUCAUUAACACUAAUUCAAAUUGAAGAAAAUAUUUUACAAAAAUUAAAAUCAACAUUACCUUUAAUACCACAAUUACAUUCUUUUCAUUUACUUGAUUCCAAUGAUAUUCAUCUAACUCAUCCAUUAAUAUCUAAUUUACAAAUACUAUCAAUUCCAACAUUAUCAUCAAUUAAUAACCUUUCAUAA